GCUGGAUCCCCUCGCAGGGCUGCAGGUUCUUGCAAGGAUACCCUACAGCCUGAAGAACUCUAAGCCAGGUUUAAUUGGUUUCUUUUUCUCGUGGGGAGAGUUCAUAUUUUUUUUUCCUACUUAAUUCUGACAAAGAAAUCACCCCGAAGCACAUUCCUAUUUCCCACCUGCUUUUUGUUUCCAGGAUAACCUUAAAGUGACAUCCACCCUGUCCUUUCUGCCCUGCACACAGAUGGGGUGGCUGGACGAGAGCAGCUCUUGGCUCAGCAGAGAAUGCACAGUAUGAUCAGCUCAGUGGAUGUGAAGUCUGAGGUUCCUGUGGGGCUGGAGCCCAUCUCGCCCUUGGACCUGAGGACGGACCUCAGGAUGAUGAUGCCCGCCGUGGACCCCGUGGUCCGGGAGAAGCAGCUGCAGCAGGAGCUGCUUCUCAUCCAGCAGCAGCAGCAGAUCCAGAAGCAGCUCCUGAUUGCCGAGUUUCAGAAACAGCACGAGAACCUGACGCGGCAGCACCAGGCUCAGCUUCAGGAGCACAUCAAGUUGCAACAGGAACUUCUAGCCAUAAAACAGCAGCAAGAACUCCUAGAAAAAGAGCAGAAACUGGAGCAGCAGAGGCAAGAACAGGAAGUAGAGAGGCACCGCAGAGAACUGCAGCUUCCUCCUCUCAGAGGCAAAGACAGAGGACGAGAAAGGGCAGUGGCAAGCACAGAAGUAAAACAGAAGCUUCAAGAAUUCCUGUUGAGUAAAUCAGCAACAAAAGACACUCCAGCUAAUGGCAAAAAUCAUUCCGUGAGCCGCCAUCCCAAGCUGUGGUACACGGCUGCCCACCACACGUCAUUGGAUCAAAGCUCUCCACCCCUUAGCGGGACGUCACCAUCCUACAAAUACACAUUACCAGGGGCACAGGAUACCAAGGAUGAUUUCCCCCUUCGAAAAACUGCCUCUGAGCCCAACUUGAAGGUGCGGUCCAGGUUAAAACAGAAAGUGGCAGAGAGGAGAAGCAGCCCCUUACUCAGGCGGAAGGAUGGAAAUGUUGUCACUUCAUUCAAGAAGCGAAUGUUUGAGGUGACAGAAUCUUCCGUCAGUAGCAGUUCUCCAGGAUCCGGUCCCAGUUCACCAAACAAUGGGCCGACUGGAAAUGUGACUGAAAAUGAGACGUCAGUUCUGCCACCGACUCCUCAUGCUGAGCAAAUGGUUUCACAGCAACGCAUUCUAAUUCAUGAAGAUUCCAUGAACCUGCUAAGUCUUUAUACCUCUCCUUCUUUGCCUAACAUUACCCUGGGACUCCCGGCAGUGUCGUCCCAGCUCAACGCUUCGAAUUCACUCAAAGAGAAGCAGAAGUGCGAGACGCAGACACUGAGGCCGGGUGUGGCGCUGCCCGGGCAGUAUGGGGCCAGCAUGGCAGCAGCGUCCAGCCAUCCUCAUACAGCCGCGUUGGAAGGAAAGCCAAACAGCAGCCACCAAGCUCUCCUGCAGCAUUUGCUACUGAAAGAACAAAUGCGACAGCAAAAGCUUCUCGUGACUGGUGGCGUUGCCUUACACCCUCAGUCUCCCUUGGCAACAAAAGAGAGAAUUUCACCUGGCAUCAGAGGUUCCCACAAACUCCCCCGGCACAGACCACUGAAUCGAACCCAGUCGGCGCCUUUGCCACAGAGUACGCUGGCCCAGCUGGUCAUUCAGCAACAGCACCAGCAGUUCCUGGAGAAGCAGAAGCAGUACCAGCAGCAGAUCCACAUGAACAAACUGCUCUCGAAAUCUAUUGAGCAACUGAAGGCACCAGGCAGUCACCUGGAGGAAGCAGAGGAAGAACUUCAGGGGGACCAGGCGAUGCAGGAAGACAGAGCGCCCUCUAGUGGCAGCAGCACUAGGAGCGACAGCAGUGCCUGUGUGGAUGACACACUGGGACAAGUUGGGGCUGUGAAGAUAAAGGAGGAACCAGUGGACAGCGAUGAAGAUGCUCAGAUCCAGGAAAUGGAAUCUGGGGAGCAGGCUGCUUUUAUGCAACAGGUAAUAGGCAAAGAUUUAGCUCCAGGAUUUGUAAUUAAAGUCAUUAUCUGAACGUGAUACGCACCGUAGGUUUUGGUCAAUGGAUAUCAUUUCCUAUCCGUUUCUGUCUCUGGAUGAUUUCAUUUUAGAGUGUAAGCAUUUCUAACACAGGUAAAUGUAUAUAUCUAUAUAGAGAUCUCUGGAUAUACUGACCUCUGUAUAGAUAGCAAGGUUUCUUUGAAACGCCACUGAUAACGGCAUUACCUGUUGUACUCAAAUUGUGCUACAUAAUAUCCAAGCAGCAAAUAGGCUUUCAGUUCAUCCCGUAGCCUGCUCUAUCAGUUACUUCUAAGGAAAAUGAUCUCACUGCUGUUUGUAGUUUAUCUGUGGAGAUCGGUGAGUGCUGGAUGUACUCUUCCAGGCUGAUCAAUGAAGCAUUCUAUUGGUUUUGGAUUUUUUCAAACAUGUAGAAUUCAACUUUCACAUCACUGUACAUAUUGUAUCAUAGUACAGUCUUAAACACUGUCAAAGGCAAUCUACCCCUGCUUUCCCCCUUCCCCCUCUCUUUCUCUUAUUUUAUUUUAUUUUAUUUUUUUGGUUCUUGUUAAUUAGAAAUGUUCUAGUCACCAUGCCAGUAGUCCUAGGUUAUUGUGUAGAUUGCAAUUGAAAAUAUUAGGAGUACAGGUGGUUUGAAAUAUGUAGAUGCAAAUUGCAGCGCUACUUUCAAGAUUUCAUGAUGUCUCACGUAGCACUGCACAUUUUACUUACACGUUGUGCAUUUUGAUUAUAUUGUCUAAUGAAAACAAAGAUCAAACGAAGCAGAUGCAAAUGUUGGUGAGCAGCAAUGUGCAGUUUAUGGUCCAAUGAGUUACUAUAUUGUAGCCAUAAUUGCAGAAAACACAGCAGUAGUUGGAGUAUUAUCUGAUGCCAAGUUCAGUUUUUAAAAGAAGGUGUAUCAUAUUUGUUAGUCAUUAUCACUAGAUAAUUUCUUAAUGACAUGACAUCUACCAUACCAUUCUGGCAAAUAAAAAAAUUAGGCACGUGUGGUUGAACUAAAGAAUUUACUUGUACAUAAUGCACCUUCAAAAGGAUAAUGUCUUUGGAUGCUACAAAAUACGAAUACCUUUGAAGGCAGCAGAAAACAAUGUUUAUUUAAGUCAGUUCUUUGUCAGGUUCCUGCUGGUCUCCUACAGAAAACCCAGUCUGUGAGGCUGAACAGGAAAUGCCUUGUGGAAACAGGAAGUCCAAGUGAUUCAUGUACUGAGGAAUGUAGGAGAAAAAAAAAAAAAAGAACCUGAGGAUAGUGUUUUACUCUUUCUGUUUUUAAAGGGCACUCUAUGAAUUGAUUUAUUGUCUAAGAAAAUAACACCACAAGUAGGGAAAUUGUUACGGAAGCUUUUCACUGGAACAUUUCCUUCAUAUUCCCUUUUGAUAUGUUUACCUUGUUUUAUAGGUUUACUUUUGUUAAGCUAGUUAAAGGUUCCUUGUAUUAAGACCCCUUUAAUAUGGAUAAUCCAAAUUGACCUAGAAUCUUUGUGAGGUUUUUUCUAUUAAAAUAUUUAUAUUUCUAAAUCUGAGGUAUUUUAAGGUAUAGUAUCCUGUUUCAAAGGAGAUAUAGCAGUUUUGCCAAAUGUAGACAUUGUUCGACUGUAUGUUAUUGGCCCGUGUUGUUUACAUUUUGCUGUGACAUUUAAAAAUAUUUCUUUAAAAAAUGUGACUGCUAAAGAUACAUUAUCCUUUUUUAAAAAGUCUCCAUUCAAAUUAAAUUAACAUAACUAGCAUUUAGAAAGUUUAAAACUUUUCCAUAUAAUGAAAGUCCUUCUGAUAAUUUGACAAAUAGCUGGAAUAGACAACACUCCAGAUCACCAACAUAUUUUGGUUAGUAUUUUCCUUCAUAUUAAAAUGACUUCUUGUCAGUUGUUUUGCAUUAAAAAUAUGGCAUGCCUGAGAUAAAAUUGUAUAUUUUUCCAUCUCAUAAAUAUUCAUUUUCUCUAAAGUCUUUUUUCAAUCUCAUAAAAAAAGGGAUAGUGCAUCUUUUAAAAUACAUUUUAUUUGGGGAGGAACGUGUGGCUGAGCAGACUUUUGUAUAAUAUUACUUCAAAGAUAUGUAAUCACAAACAAGAAAAACCUAUUUUUUAUAAUGUCAUUUGAGAGAACUUCAUCAGACAAGUUGGUGGACGUUAAUUGUUUGAAUUUGAUAGUCUUUGGAUUUAAUUAAGAAGCUACCUGGAGCCAGUGUAAAGGAAAGCUGAGCUUAACUCAUCUUAGAACUAAUUGAGAAAUGUCUCUUUUCAAAUCUACUGUAUUUAUUAUAAUUUACACCCUUGAAGGUGAUCUCUUGUUUCGUGUUGUAAAUAUAUUGUUUGUAUGUUUCCCUUCUUGCCUUCUGUUAUAAGUCUCUUCCUUUC